UGAGCCAGAAUGUAAAGGGAUAGAGCCAGAACUUCUGGCCAGCAGAUGUCGCCAUAUGAACCCGAAUCAUCCGUGUAAUCGUUGGCAUCUGUUAAAUUUUUCAAGAUGAAGACAGCCAAACAACGAGAUAUACAGUAAUCCUUUCUCAGAUGAAAGUUAAUUUUUUGGAAAACUGUCAACAGGUAGGCCUAUCUAUUUUAUUUUCUGUAUAAAAACUGAAAGUGAAAGAAGCAGGACUAUUGGAAUUCCCCUUCAAUCUGUUUAAGCGUACAGGAAAUAAACAGAAACGUUUUGUGUCUCUACGCACAAAGAAGAGUCCUACAGAACACUGUCCGGUUUGUCAUCUGUGAAUGUGGUCCAGGAGGAUUUGAGCCAUGAACGCUCCAAAGUGUCCCUUUUGUCAGCAGUCUGAUAUUGGCAUUCUGGAUAGUCAGCGUGCGGUCUGCAGGUCUUGCUCUAAAUCGAACCGGUGCGUGUUUCAGUUCUGCAUGGCAUGUCAAAGAGAAUGGCCACGGGACGCUUCGACCACCAAAUCCUGCGUGCUGCCGGACUGUGCACUUCGUGCUGCCCUCCUCAGCAACACAAGAAUCAGUGACCCACAAAGCUCGGUGAGAGGAUGUCCAUUCUUCAGGGCCUGUCCAGGUUGCAAGGCCCUGCUUACACACAGCGGAAUAGGCUGUCCCAACAUUGUCUGCCCUCAUUGUAAAACACAAUUCUGCUUCCGCUGCUUGCGCCGUUGGUGUCCCGGGAUAAGGAAUGUUGACCACAUUGAGUUUCUUACCCGCGGACUGGCCUUUUCUAUAGGUAAUGAAAUGAGACCAUGUAUCGUGGUGGACAACAAGCAGAGUCUCACAGAACUGUAGCGAGAAAGUUAUGAUUAUGAAAAUUUUGAAUGACACUAAGCUAAACCCGGCCAAAUUAAAAAUGUCCAGUUAAAGCCUACUCUAUGUGAUUCACUGUUUAACGUUAUUGUUACUAACAUUGUUAUUCUUGAACAUGUUCAAAAAAAGGUAAAUAAAAAACUCUCACUGUACUGUUCAAUGAAAGUAUCCUGGAUGAUUUAGAAAUAUUAAGAUGAUCUCUUUUUUUCAUAUCUGAUUACAUUAUACUAUAUAACAAUAUCAAUAAACAUCUUUAAAAAAUUAUAAAA